AUGAAUGACCACCCCCAAAUCUACAUAGGAACGGCCUUCGUGGCCGGUGUUCUUCUCACGGUUGGAAUUAAAGAGCUCGUCUAUCCAGAGCUGGAGCAGCGCAUCAAAUCUCGUCGUUCCGCUCAGUCAACUGAUGCCCAGGGUCUUUCAAGAGAUACCACUGAGCUGGUUGCCAGACCUGGUCCUCCAUCGAUAGUGGAUGGAAUCGAGGGUUGCAUAGGAAACACGCCCCUCUUCCGGAUCAAGUCAUUAUCAGACGCAACGGGGUGUGAGAUUUUAGGAAAAGCCGAAUUUUUGAACGGGGCCGGGCAGAGCUCCAAGGACCGAGUGGCGCUCAGUAUGAUCCAGAUGGCUGAAGAACAAGGAAUCUUGACUCCCCACUCAGGGGACACAAUCUAUGAAGGAACCUCUGGUUCAACAGGUAUCUCGCUGGCUACUCUGGCCAGAGCAAAGGGACUUCUCGCUCACAUCUGCAUGCCCUCCGAUCAAGCUAUCGAAAAGUCAGAUCUGCUUCUCAAACUAGGCGCGAUAGUUGAUCGUGUUCCGCCUGCCCCAAUCGUGGAGAAAGACAAUUUCGUCAACCGAGCAAGAGAUCUAGCUCAAACACAUACAAAGUCCUCCACAGAGUCAGAUUCGGACUCGAACACAAUGCGUGGAAGGGGCUUCUUCGCCGAUCAAUUUGAAAAUGAAGCAAAUUGGAGAGCUCACUUCAAUGGUACAGGCCCCGAGAUCUACGCGCAAUGCAAUGGGAAACUCGACGCUUUUAUUGCUGGGGCUGGUACUGGAGGCACAAUCUCUGGAGUGGCGCUAUUCCUCAAGCCCAAAAUUCCGAACCUCAGCGUCGUAUUGGCCGAUCCUCAGGGCAGUGGGCUCUACAACCGAGUCCGAUACGGUGUCAUGUUUGAUGUUAAGGAAAAAGAAGGUACCAGAAGACGUAGACAAGUUGACACAAUCGUCGAGGGUAUUGGGAUUAACCGUGUCACGGCCAACUUUGAGGCAGGAAAAGAGUUAGUCGACGACGCUGUGAGAGUGACUGAUGUACAGGCGAUGGCGAUGGCCAGGUGGCUGGUAGAGAAGGAUGGAAUCUUCGUCGGAAGCAGCAGUGCAGUGAACUGUUUUGCGGCAGUUAAGACGGCCAUGAAGCUUGGCCCAGGCCAUAGAAUCGUGACAGUUUUGUCUGAUUCAGGAUCAAGGCAUCUCUCCAGAUUCUGGGCGAGAGCGGGUGAUGUUGGAGGUGCAGUGGACACAAAGCUCGAAGACGUCCUGAAUGCAAAGGACGACCAGUAG